AUGUCCGAAAAGAUUGGAGGAUCAUGGCUUUCGAGAAUGUCGCCACGUGGAUUCGAACUCCUUUGUGUCGUCAUGCUCGGCUUUGGCCAUUUGUGCAUUAUGACCGGAUGUGACUCGCAGGUAGGCGCGCCAUCUCUACCGGACCGACAAUAUCGGUUCGAGCUUUUAGGCGUUCAUUUUGGAGUCGGUAAUUCAUUCGAUUCAUGAAAGAGAGCCGGGUAGAAUCAAUUCACACGCCGGCUAUUAUGGGUGAGUUCGAACUUGAACUUUUCCACUGGGAAUAGUACUGUAACUCAUGGAAAUGGCGCUAAAACUAAGGAACUACUCGCCGACCACUCUCCAAUAUAUUCCAGACAAGCCACGUGCUACCUCGCGUUCGUCAUCACUUGCCUCUUCUCUCCGACUUUCCUCUACUCGACGAGCGCCAAGACGACGCUUUUCAUAGCGUCCGUCUGCUUUACCUCAUUUCCAUUGGGAUUCCUGUACACCAAUCAGUAUUACUAUUUCUUCUCCGCCGCACUCAAUGGCGUCGGAUUUGCAUGUAAACUGUUUACAGUUAUGGCUACACAUAGUAGUUAUGGUAAUUCUAGUGUACUACACUGGAAACGGCGGCUACCUGACGUCUCAUUCGACGCGCAAAACGAUCGAAUCGAACGUCUCGAUUUCAUGGGCGAUCGGCUCGAGUUGUAUGAUCGUCGGCGCCGGAAUCAUUGCGAUCAUCACGUAUUUCACUGCGGGCGCAGGAGGAGCCGUGGCUCACGAAAUUGUGAACACGAGUGUGACGAACUUGACGGAGGCGGCGCAACACUUUGAGAGGCGAUUCAGUAAUACGGAAAUGUGAGUUUCGAUGGACUUUUGAGAACGGCUUUUUGAAGAUUAUGUCUCUCUUCAGCUACCUGCUCUUCUCGGUGUUCGCGUUCAUCUCCUUUCUGGGAAAUGUGACUUUCCUCCUGAUGCCCUCGAGCGACAUUGACAAUUGCAUCGAAUCGAGCCAGAAGACGGUGGCGUUCCGCGACGGAAUCCGUCUCAUGUACCGCGCAUUCCGCUCGCCGAAAAUGUUCAUUCUGAUUCCAAUGUUCAUGCUGACAGGAGUGCACACCUCGUUCUGGGUCUCCAUUUACCCGACGACGCUCACUUUCAACUCGCAUCUCGCCCAAAUGAUCUAUCUUCCCGCCAUUUAUAGUUUGGGCGUCGGGCUCGGAGAGACUAUUAGUGAGUUACCUGAAAAUGAAUGAAAAAACAUCGAUCCUCUACAUUUGAAGGUCAAAACCUCAAGAACCAAUGAUUAUUUCAAAAAGUUGUCAACUGAAAAACAUGUGUAUAAUUUUAUGCUGAGUAACUUUGUAGUUGAUCAUUUUAUCACAAAAUGUUUAGUUAUCAAGUUACGAUCCUAUUUAUAGACAGUACUCACGAAACUCCUCGGACACCCAAUAGCGUACAUUCAAAACGGCAUAUCUCAACUGCCUAAGCUGGUAUCAAAAAGUUGUCAACUAGAAAAUUGCUUAGAAAUAUAUUGUACGCAUUUUAUCAGUUGUCAACAUUUUGAUAUUUCUACCGACCGCCGAGAUAUACCGUUUUGAACGCAUGCUACCGUUCUACUACACGUUUUUCGGUAAUCAUCUAAAAACAAUGUUUUCAGUGGGAAUGUUGAUCUCGGCGCUGAGCAAAAGGAUCAAUAAUUUCGGAAUGCGUCCCACAAUGUUCAUCGGAUGCUUCCUGACCACUUUAUAUUGUGCACUUAUCGUGAUGACUACUCCGCCGAGUGCUCCGAUGGCUCCAACUUCCGAGAAACCGCUCCUAUUCCAGCCGACGUGAGUUUUUGGCCCCGUUUUGCAACCACAGGACAUUUCGAAACCAGAAACUGUUCUGGUAGAUCUUACGGUACAAAAAACAGUAAUUUCCUAAUUUUCCAGCCGCCUCCUCGUCUUCAUCAUCGCGCUCAUCGGCGGAAUGUCCGAUUGCUGCCUGUGCUCGGUCCGAUCUGUGAUUUGUGCGAUCGCAAUGCCAACUCGAAGGGACCAAGCGUUUCGGUCUCUAAAUUCUAUCAGGUACCGUAAUCCUACCGUACCUCUUCGCCUAUUUGUUCAUUUUUAGUCCAUCGGCACCUGUGUCAUUUUCUUCAUUUCGCCGCUCCUCAACAUCUACUAUUAUACGAUCGGAAUUCCGAUUUUAUGCGUCAUCGCCUCCGUGUGCUUCUUUUUCGAGACUCGUCGAAUUAAGCGAAUGGAAAAAACGAUGACGAACAUGGAAUUGGAUCAGGCGAAACAGCGCAAAAAAUCGAGUCAUUACGAGACCCUCGACGAGGAAUUUUAA